AAAGCAUUAUUUUACGACUUAUCGCACGAAAAUUAUACGGUAGAAACUAAUAAAACGCUUGUGCGUGUCAGUACAGAACAAAGAAGUCUUGUUUUACUCAGUUGUGCAAGCUAAAUCCAGCAUGGCUUUGUCCACUUCAUCUGUCGCUUUUAUCUUUGUAGCUACUUCUAUAACCAUCUGCAUCGCAAUAAUAGUUUUAUAUACGAAAUGGAAAUUUCUCUACUGGGUUAGAGUAGGUCUCCCAAUGCUGCACCCCACGUUCUUUUUUGGUAACAUGAAAGACAUCCUACUGGGGCGCUGCUCCGAAGGUGACUUUUACUACGAAUGUUACAAGAAAUUCAAGUCAAAUGGAUUUAAACACGGUGGAGUGUAUAUGUUUCUACACCCAGUGUACGUCCCAACUGACUUAAAAAUAAUCAAACAUAUACUAAAAAAUGAUUUUGAACAUUUUACUAACCGUACUACUUACUUAAAUGAAGAAGGCGAUCCUCUAUCUGAAAACAUGUUUCGUAUGCACGAUGAUAAGUGGAAGAAUCUUAGAACGAAAUUAACACGAAAUUUUUCUCCAAAUAAGUUGAAUCUUAUGUUUCCGUCUUUGCUUGACUGCGCUGAAGACCUAAAAACCGUUGUGGAUGAAGCAGCUAUUAAACGAGUACCAGUGGAUGUUAAAGAAGUGCUAGGACGAUUUUGUGUUGAUGUUUUUGGAGAAACAGCACUAGGGUUACAGUGGGAGGUUUUGAAAAAUCCACAAUCAGAUAUCAACAAUUAUUGCAAGAACUUUUUUGACAGUAAUGGUUUUCGUAUGAUGAAGAUCAUGCUAGCGGAAAUACUACCUAAAUCUUUACUAUGCGCUAUAAAGUUUAAAUUAGCUGGAACCGAUUUGGAGCAGUUCUUCAUAAAACUAAUCGAUCGUGUAAUAAACUAUAGAGAGAAAAACAACACACGCAGAGAAGAUUUUCUUCAGUUGCUUCUUCAAAUGAAGAAUAACAGUUCCGUGCACGAAAAACCAUUAAACUUGAAUCAAGUUACGGCGCAAGUUUUUGCUUUCUUUCUUGCUGUCUUUGAAGCACCUUCUUCAAUGAUAACUUUUGCUUUGUAUGAACUGGCAAACAAUUUCAAGAUACAAGAAAAAGUCAAAGAGGAAAUAAACUCAGUGUUGUCCAAACAUGGAGGACAGCUCACUUAUAAAACUAUUGCUGAAAUGAAGUACUUGGAUAAAGUACUACAAGAAACUGUAAGAAAGCAUCCAGUUGGAAGAAUAUUGCAAAGAAAGUGCAAUAGUGACUAUACUAUUCCUAAUACUUCUAUUCGUUUAAAGAAAGGGGUUUCUGUUAAAAUUUCCAUCGUGGGUGUGCACUAUGACCCUGAGUACUACCCAAACCCGGAAAAAUUUGAUCCUGAACGUUUUUCCAACAAAAAUAAAGAAGGAAGACCGGAUAUUGCGUGGCUAGGGUUUGGGAAAGGACAAAGGAUGUGUUUAGGACUUCGAUUUGCCAUGGUUUUGGGUAAACUGGCUCUGUGCGUUCUUUUGGAAAAUUACAAAAUUACAUUAAACACGAAGACCAAAGUUCCCAUUCAGCUGGAUGUCAAAAAAUUUUUUUCUUACGUUGAAGGAGGAGUUUGGCUGGAUUUUGAAAAAGUGUAAUCUUAGA